UCUCUCUCUCUCUCUCUCUCUCUCUCUCUCUCUCUCUCUCUCUCUCUUGUAAAUUAGGUCGAGUUAAAAUAAGGGUGUGAGUAGCAGGUGUUUUGGGAUCUAAAUAUUGGACCCAAUCAUUACAAGGUUUUGUCAUUUUUGCUUUUUACUAACAUUUCUUUCGAUUAUUAUUUUAUCAUGACUAACCAUUAGCAUUUAACAUUAUUAAUUUUUUUUAGGAUUUUUCUAAUUAACUUUUAUUAACAUUAUUAUUAUUAUUAUUAUUAGGUAGAAUUAGGACUAAUUAGGUUUUUAUUUCUUAGGUUUGAUAUAAUAUUAGGAUUAUUAGUAGUAUUUAAAUAUUAUUAUAAUUAGGAUUUUUAUAGCUUUUUUAAAUUAAUUGGGCAAUAGGCCCAUUAGGUGUAGAAAAACCUAAUUUGGCUAAUAUAAAAAGGGUUGAUUUUAACAAGUAGGGGAGGCCGUUUUCUAUUCCCGGUAUAUUCUCACCCGAGGCCAAUUUUCACAAAAAAAUCCUUUUUCCAGUCUCAAAACUCUCUCUCUUCGUCACGUACCAUACACUAAUAAUUUCAUAUUCAUUUGACAUACUAACUCAUAGUCUUUUAGCCUUGUCCACACACAUGUAUAGAAAUCCACCACUUUUCAAAACAGUUUUUUCUAACAAUAACAUAAAAAAAAAAACCCUUACAAAUCAUCACCAAUCUUUCACCUUUUUCUUAAAACUUUCAAACCAUACACAACCUGUAAACUAUAUCAUCACCGCCUAAACAUAACAAAAUUUCAAAUAAACCAUAGCCAAUGUUCAGUACAACAUGUAAAUUAGAAUACAAAGUAGGAAUAUUGGCUUGAGCUUUUUGUCAAACAGGUGGUGAGUCGGAUGCAAUACCGACAACAGAAUCGACAUAAUAAAGUGACGGCAAUGCAUAAUCAAAAAGAGAUCAGAUCGCACACACCCACGUUGCAAACUCACGACUACGGACUAUCGGCAAGCAGGCCUCUUGCGACGAUCUGCUCGCGCACCGCCACCGCCGCGAGUCACCUCUCCCCGGCUACACGGAAUCGCGGUUUGUUUACUCCUUUUCCGUUGUAAUUGUUUUUGUUGCUUGUUGUUUACUUACGAUUCAGAAAUUGUGUCUAUUGUUAAUUGGUAUGAAUAUGAAACAUAGGAAUUGGGUUGUUUUGGUUCUGGAUUGUGAGAGAUAGAAACAAGAGAGUACGGUUGAAUGUGGGUCUACUUUCAUGUACAACGCUUUCAUCUGUUGCUUUUGUUUCCAAUUACUUGUUUAUAAUUUUUAUUUUAUAUUAUAUGGUGGACAUGUGUCCACAUUUCAUUGGGAAACGGCAUAUAUAUAUAUAUUUUUUUUACUUUGAACAAGUCAGUAACAUUAUAAUAAUUGAUUCUUACAUGAAUCUUAAAGAAAAAAAAGGGAGGAUUAGGAAAAUUAGAACAAGGGACGGACGUCCCAUAUGUUUUUUUUUUUGUUUUUUUACUCUUUUAUUUCAAAUUAGUAUUAGUUCUUUUUUUUUUUUACAAAUUUUAGUUUUAAUAGAAAUACUAAAAACACUAACAAUACUAACAAUAAAAUACAUCCUUUUUAAAAUAAAACAAAUAAAUUAAUAUAUUGAUAUUAAUUCUUGAUUAAUUUAUCAAUUUUCUCUUCGAUCCGAUUAUAUCUAAUAGUCGCAUUGGUGAGAAAUAAAAUAAUAAAAUACAUAUAUUUUGCUAAAUGGUUGUAACCAUCUUAUUGGUUAUGAUGAUUAGCAUUUCUUAUCAAUUCGUUAUUAUUUGUAAUCGAAUUCAUUGAUUAUGAGGAGUAACGAUAAUUAAAAUACAUUCAUUUGCUAUUCGUGGUAAUCGAAUCUAUCGAUUAUAGUGGUUAGCAAUCCUCCCUUCAAUCCGUUAGCCGUGGUAAUCAAACCUAUUGAUUAUCGUAACUAAUGGUAACAAAUUAAAAUCAGGGUUGUACGCCCAAAUCCUAAAACACUUCCCAAAUCUAAAAACAUUCAAAACAUUUCAAAUCAAACUACGGAUUUUCAUCCUUAUUCAAAACUACGAUAGGCCAUUCAAAAAGCCUUCAAACCAUCCCAAAUCAAAUUCUAAUCCUAAGGGCGUACAACCCUUCCCCGAACUACGUUGACUCUGAUUCUCCCUAAGGAGAUACGUAGGGUGCCUAACACCUUCCCUCGACCUGAAUAUAGUAUCUUACCCUGAUCUCUAUACUGCGUAGGGUUUCCUAUUCGCCCUUCAGAAUAGGUGGCGACUCUCUAAGUUUAAAUUUUAGGCAGGUUGCUACAGCUGGCGACUCUGCUGGGGAACACUUAAUGGUAAUUACUAUGCUCCUAUAGGUUUUGGCAGGGUUUAGGUUUGGCAAACUUUUAGGGUUUGACCAAUUUGCCAUUUUUAGGGUUUGGCUAACUCGCCAAUUUUAGGGUUUAUUUUUUAUAUAAAUAUUUAAAUUUUUAUUUAUUUAUUUAUUUAUAAAUACAUUUAUUUCACCUCAAUUUAAAUUAAUAUUUUAUUUAAAUAUUUGUUCUACUGCAUUGUUAUAAGCGGCCGGAAUCCAAGCGGCGGGACUUCGAGGUUAGUUUGUUUUUAAAUAUUCAAAUUUAAAUUCAUUUGUUUAUUUAUCUACAUCUAUUUACAGUAAUUUUAUUUAUUUAUUUUAUUAUAAUUUAAAUAAAUACUGCUUUGGUUGCUUAUAUACAAUUGCUGCUUUUUAUAUUGUCGGGAUAUUAUAAAUUAUUUGUUUAAACCCUAAGUGUGGGAGUUAACCUUGAGAUCAAUAGGGGAGUAUGAAUCUCCUACGAGUCUCAUUGAUAACUCCACUCGGAGUGGGUUGAGUAUUCGGAAAUGUCCAAAACGAGGCUUGACUUUGUUGAGGGCAGGACUGGAUACUUGGCUGAUCUCUCCGAGAACCUACCCCAAAAAUUCGAAACUCAUGGAUAAAAUGAGUUUUUCUAAAAUCCGAAGAGACAAAAAGUCUCGGAGGCUACGAACGACCCCAUGAGACCUUCUAGAACACUCCCAAAAAAAAAGGGUAGGCUCCCUAGAGCCGCUACGUCGAACCUAUGAACCUAGGACUUUUGUGCUGCUGUUCUCUUCAUAUGUUUGCAAUUUAUAUACUUCGAAUGUCCAUGUGUUUCGAUUUUGCAGGUAUCCCCACGUGGUCCCUAGCAUGUAGGGACUCUAAUUUCUAAAGAUCAUGUCUUUCCCACGAAGGACAUCACCAUCUAUGCAUCGCUUAGCCUGUAGAGAUUUUAUUUUUAUAUCCUCGUAUUCUUGCAAAUACGUGUCCUUCCCACGAAGGACAUCUUCGCUUACGCACGUCGAUUGGCUUCUCGAUAGCCAUGAGACUAAGUGACUGUCAUGAACAGUCACUCCGCGCCCGCACCUACGCAUCCCCUAGCCUGUGGGGAUUUUAUUUUUAUAUCCUUGUAUUCUUACAACUACGCGUCCUUCCCACGAAGGAUAUUUCCAUUAACGCACGUCAAUUGGCCUCUCGAUGGCCAUGCGAUUCGGUGAUUGUCGUGAACGGUCACCCCGUGCUUGCUACUACGUACUCUCUAGUAUAUAGGGAUUUUUUGUUACAUCCACGUGUUUUCACAAUGACGCGUCCUUCCCCGAAGGACAACUUCACUAGCAUGCGUUCGAUUGGCCUCUCGAUGGCUAUGAAAUCUAGUGACUGUCCUGAACGGCCACUCCAUGCUUAUUCCCGCGCACCCUCUAACUUGUAGGGUUUGGAUCUCCAUUUACACAUCACAUCCCUAGCCUGUAGGGAUUUCUCUUCGUCCAUAUCGUCCUUAGAUAGGUUGUGUUCCGCAUAGGGAACCUUCCCACGAGGGACAAAUUCAUUGGUACACGUUGAUUGGCCUCUCGAUGGCCUUGAGAUUUAGUGACUGUCUUGAACGGUCACUAGCCGCUAUCUUCUGCAUACUCUCGAAUCCAAGGGAUUUCCCUUAGCGUGUCAUAACAUUUAUCCUGCAAAGAUUCCAAGAGAGUCUAAUGUCGCCUCUAAGGCUAUCCCUAGGAUCAUAUAUUACACGUCUGCAUUGCAUACAUGGAGUUAUAAUACAAGGAGUCUCUCGCAUACGCAUGCAUUUGCAUGGACAUACAUUUGCAUCUACAUUUACAUUUGCAUCUUCACCCGCAUCCACACUUACCGCGCUAAGCCGAUUUCCUGAGACUCGCAAAAAAAAAAAAAUCAAAGGAUCGUAGACUAUGGAAUAAGGAGAGUAAAAGAUCUUAGGCUUGCUAAAGAAAAAAAAAGAUGCCUUUCGCCAUGCCAGCCGCAUGUCCAUGCCUUGUCAUAACAGGAUUAUAAAUACAAUAAAGGUUGUCAUCGAGCAAUGAUUAGUUCAACAAAGAGUUCCCUCAUAGAUACACUCCAGAUGUAUCUAGCCAUAAAGGGGUUCAUCUUAGAACAUAACAAACUUACACGGACGCUCUACGAUAACCUGGGGGCAAGGAGUAGUCCAACUGGGGCAAAAUCCUGAACAAAGAUGCAUGACUACUAUGAAGGGAAGGCGAUCUGUGUUAACUCCACGCCAAGGGAGAAAGGGUCAUAGAUUUUCUUCAUUAAUUUACAAACGCUGAAGGUUGCAAAUGGUGUGAUACUAUCCUGAGAAAAAGCAAAAGAGGUUCAGUCUAAGGAAACUCAUGAAGUUCCGAAACGACGAAAACCCAUGCUAACAGUUUAUUCCUGACAGGUUUGACAUGUCCAAAGAAAAUUCGAGGUUGCCCUCACUUCUACAAGUUUGAGAAUCUAAGGAGUGAGACAAGGGCAGUGGAUCUACAAAGGAGAUUGUCCCUAGGAUCAAUAGGUGUUUACCGUGCUCACAAUUUCAACCCUUACGACCGCUAAGUGUUACUCAAGAUAAAAGUUGUACCUUCGGAUUAGUAAUUCUAAUGGGACAACCAUGCAGGUUUUGGAGUCAAUUCAUUCACUCACACACUUCUAUUUUUAGGGUUAUUGACAAACUUGAGGGAGAAUGACGAUUACAAAUAACUAAGUCCAGCUAAAUAUAUGCUUUCAAGGUAAGACCGAGCCGAGGAUGUACAGGCAUUGUUUCCAUUCCCAAACAGUGGAGAUAUAAGGAUGUUAAUCCCUCGUCACCCCCUCGAGCCCGGAGUCGGAGUUUUCUUCUACCUUUUAAAUAAACCUUGAUUUCAACCAGGGGCAGGGUAGAUUUCAAUUAAUUCCAUGGUGUAUUUUGGUUGUCAAGAGAAUCACUCAAUCCAAGCAAAGGAUCAAGCAAAGCAAAGGUUCAAGCAUAUUUUCUUCCUCGCAUUCAUCCAAGAUUGAGAAAGCAAUGGAGGUAACAUUUACAACACCUUCUUCCUCAUUACAUCAUUCAAGAUCGAGGAAGUAUCAAAGGCGAAGCUUACAAAUCAAAAUCGACAUGGCAGUCACAACAUUCAAUAUCCAAGGAUCAAGUACUUCAAAAGGAGCAUUCGAAAGGAAAAGGAGAAAAACGCCCGCUAAGUCAAAAUGGAAAAUUCCAUGAAAACAAAAGAACGACUUAGGCAAAAAUUAGGGCAUCCCGAUGGAUUAAAUUCAAAAGAAUUGGUUCAUGCAAAAAUAAGGGAUAAAAACAAAGGCUAAAUACAAUGGAUAAUCUGGUGACUGCUAAAUCAUCAAAGCUUCGCAUCCAUGCUUGGAUCUUCACAAUAUUUUCAUCAAUGCUUGGAUCUCUAUUAAAGCUUCUGCUCAACAUCGAAACUGAAACGAUUCUCCUGCAAACAAAGCACAUCCAUUGGAUUAGUAGAAUUUUUAGGAUCUGGAGAAAAUCAAGGAGAAAGGGGUGGGAUAAAUAAAAUUUUGAGCCUUAUAUCCAUUGUUUCUUAAAACAUGAACCAGGCCAAGUUACAACAUUUAAAAGUCCUAAUUGAGGCAAGGUUAACCAUGAAAGCAUAUUAAGCAGGAUCUGUUAUACUGACUCCUAUGUUUGUUAAAACUACUUCUAAUCACUAUGCUUCUUCAAGCAUUCUUUUCAAAACCAUCCAGUCCUAAUUCAUAACGGACUUCGAUUUCAAAAACUGGCAUACGCAUUCCAUUGGAGCUACUUCUCAAAAAAGUACAACACCAUAUACGAGUAUACACUUAGCAUCGAAGAAAUCUCGAAAUUGGUUUAAUCAAAGGUGAGCAUUUCUAAUAAAGACCCUGGAGUCGGGGGAACCACAUCUAGGGGGUUCUCCUAAACAGGGGCAAAAAAUUUCAAGGAGCACAGGGGCAUACAAUCGAACAUCCUAUUAACUAGGGGCAGUCUUCCUAAGGUUCAAUCGACUUGGGGCCCAUCUCAAAGCAAUCUCAAACAGGGGCAUGUCAAACAGGGGAAGAAUUCAAAUUCAAAAGGAUAGAACACUAUGGAUAGUUUUCCAUGACCUGGAGAUCAGGGGCACACCCUUCGAUCUAAACAUCGAAGCAUAUGACAAGGCUAUUCCCUGGGUUCAUAAGCAUCUUUCUCCACUGAACACUGGGGCAUUGGAUAUCAAAUCCAUAAGGCAAACAAUUCAAAGGUUAAAAGUGUGGAGAACCUCCAAAGUUUAAAGGCGUGGGGUACUUCUAAAAAAAAAUCAUCAAACUGGGGCAAGGCACACAACAAAAGGAAAAAGGCGUUCUCGCACCUUACAACAUCGAACAAAUCUUUCUCCUAACUACGAUCUUCAAAGUUCAAACAAAACAGGUAUUGGGAAAUCGCGCUAGCAUCACACCCCACCUUAUCAAACAAACCUGCAACUCCAGCAAGCUAUAUACGCUUUGGUUAUCAACAACCUACCAUUGGAGCAUCAUACAAAUACAUACAAAUCAUGCAUUGCAUAUAUUGGCUGAUACAUUACACCGUAACUCUUUAUGUGGUCUUCUUUAAGACGAAUCUCACGAUCCUUUCUAGGAGUUUCUUCAAGCUGUCUUAUGCAAGACAAAUUAUCACCAUUUCCAAGAACCUCUUUAGAUAGCCUUCUUUAAGACAUUACUUUUCUAAGCACCUUUUCAGGUAGCCUUCUUCGAGACAUUCUUGUCCUAAGCACCUUUUCAGGUAGUCCCUUUCAAAAAAAAAAACAAUUCGUCAUCCCUCUCAAGAACCUCUUCAGGUAGUCUUCUUUAAGACAUCUUUCAACCUUUUCAGGUAGUCAUCUUUAAAGACAUUCUUCAUCCCUUGCUAAGAACUUUUUCAAGUAAUUUUCUUUAAGACAAAUUCCUAUCUACUCUAAGAACCUUUUCAGGUAGUCUUCUCUAAGACAAAUGUUCACAUCCAUUCCAAAAAAAACCUUUUCAGGUAAUCUUACAGAAGACAUUACUUCGUUCCACUCAUUACGUCAACCAAACGUACGCAUAAGCAUAAGCAUACAUAAACAUUACAAAGCCAGCAUAAGCAUAGUCAGGGUAUAAGUGCAAGCAAUGGAGUAAACAAGCUCAAUGGGUUUAAGGAGAUAAAAUCUCGGGAUUGCAUCAUCAUUAGCAUACAUACAUACGCAUUAGCAUACGCAUAUCAUCUAGUGCAUUUACACAUCACAAAAGCCCAAUUUCUAUUGGCAGUCCAAACCAUCAUUAAACCCAGUUCCCGUCUGGUAAUCAGUUCCCGUCUCACUAUUACAUCAAAAUUCAAAUCAUACUACAAAAGCCUAGUUUCCAGCCCUCGUGUUGUGAUUGAUGUAUUUUCUCCGACCCUCGAGUCGUGAGUCUCCGAACAGGUGAAUCUUUUCCAUGCAGGUAAGUUUGCUAGAACUAUAGCAGGCGAUCACUCUUAUGCAGGUACGCUUGUCAGAACUAUGGCAGGUAAUUCCUUUGGUGCAAGUGAAUUGUCCGAACUAGGACAAAUGAUCCUAUUGGUGCAGGUGAACUUGCUAGAACUAUAGCAAGCAAUCCUAUUGGGGUCCACAAACUGCGAGUAGCUUACCAGCACUAUGGUAAGUGAGAGAUACAAACCGCGAGUAGCUUACCAGCACUAUGGUAAGUGAGAGAUACAAACUGCGAGUAGCUUAUCAGCACUAUGGUAAGUGAGAGAUACAAACUGCGACGUAGCUUGCCAGAACUAUGGUAAGUGAGAGAUACAAACUGCGAGUAGCUUAUCAGCACUAUGGUAAGUGAGAGAUACAAACUGCGCGUAGCUUGCCAGAACUAUGGUAAGUGAGAGAUACAAACUGCGCGUAGCUUUCCAGAACUAUGGUAAGUGAGAGAUACAAACUGCGAGUAGCUUAUCAGCACUAUGGUAAGUGAGAGAUACAAACUGCGACGUAGCUUGCCAGAACUAUGGUAAGUGAGAGAUACAAACUGCGAGUAGCUUAUCAGCACUAUGGUAAGUGAGAGAUACAAACUGCGACGUAGCUUGCCAGAACUAUGGUAAGUGAGAGAUACAAACUGCGAGUAGCUUAUCAGCACUAUGGUAAGUGAGAGAUACAAACUGCGACGUAGCUUUCCAGAACUAUGGUAAGUGAGAGACACAAACUGCGACGUAGCUUUCCAGAACUAUGGUAAGUGAGAGAUACAAACUGCGCGUAGCUUGCCAGAACUAUGGUAAGAGAGAGAUACCAAACUGCGAGUAGCUUACCAGCACUAUGGUAAGUGAGAGAUGCAAACUGCGAGUAGCUUGCCAGGACUAUGGUAAGUGAGAGGUCCACAAACUGCGGAAACUUGCUGACCAUAGCAAGCCAAUUACACAACCAACAGAAGGUCCUCGCUAUUCCUUUUCAGGAACCUUUCCAGGAAGUCUUCUUCAAGACGUAUUCCAUCCUUUCUAGGAGCUUUUCCAGGCAUACAAGAUUUUUCAAACGAUUCCUCAACUGGGUUUAUCGCGUUAGUCCCUCGGCAGUGAUAUUCUCCAAAACUUCAAUAACAGUCAAAGGUGUCUUCUUUCUUUUCAGAAUUACUAACAUACUUCGAUUAACGUAACUAACAAUCAUGCAUCAUUUCAACUAACUAACCUCAUUCAUACAUAAUGCAUAUACAGGCAUCACUCUCAUUUAUUUUGAGAGGCUCAUCGCAUCAUACAUUGCAUUGCAUAAAUUUCAGGUUGCCUUUUUUAGGCCGUGCUACAAAAAAAACACAGUGGUCCCUUUCCAAAGCGUUUGCUCCGCACUCUGAAAAAGCGGUAUUCACCUCGGAUGGCAUGUGUAAGCCCAUCUCCUACGGAACUUCUUCCCAUGCAAAUUUCAGGGCAUCUCAGUGUUCAAUCAUCUUCCACCUUUAGAUCACGAUAGGCAGACGUGCCUAUCCGAUUCUUCAGGUUUAAGAAGAUUGAACAGGGGCAGCUGUCAUACCCCAAAAUUUGCCCGAUCAAAUCUACGUCUACUCAUCCAUUCAGGUUCAAAAUUAAGAGUCAUGGGGUUUGACAUUUCUAUUGUCAAACUCUCUCUCUCUCUUGUAAAUUAGGUCGAGUUAAAAUAAGGGCGUGAGUAGCAGGUGUUUUGGGCUCUAAAUAUUGGACCCAAUCAUUACAAGGUUUUGUCAUUUUUGCUUUUUACUAACAUUUCUUUCGAUUAUUAUUUUAUCAUGACUAACCAUUAGCAUUUAACAUUAUUAAUUUUUUUUAGGAUUUUUCUAAUUAACUUUUAUUAACAUUAUUAUUAUUAUUAUUAUUAGGUAGAAUUAGGACUAAUUAGGUUUUUAUUUCUUAGGUUUGAUAUAAUAUUAGGAUUAUUAGUAGUAUUUAAAUAUUAUUAUAAUUAGGAUUUUUAUAGCUUUUUUAAAUUAAUUGGGCAAUAGGCCCAUUAGGUGUAGAAAAACCUAAUUUGGCUAAUAUAAAAAGGGUUGAUUUUAACAAGUAGGGGAGGCCGUUUUCUAUUCCCGGUAUAUUCUCACCCGAGGCCAAUUUUCACAAAAAAAUCCUUUUUCCAGUCUCAAAACUCUCUCUCUUCGUCACGUACCAUACACUAAUAAUUUCAUAUUCAUUUGACAUACUAACUCAUAGUCUUUUAGCCUUGUCCACACACAUGUAUAGAAAUCCACCACUUUUCAAAACAGUUUUUUCUAACAAUAACAUAAAAAAAAAACCCUUACAAAUCAUCACCAAUCUUUCACCUUUUUCUUAAAACUUUCAAACCAUACACAACCUGUAAACUAUAUCAUCACCGCCUAAACAUAACAAAAUUUCAAAUAAAUCAUAGCCAAUGUUCAGUACAACAUGUAAAUUAGAAUACAAAGUAGGAAUAUUGGCUUGAGCUUUUUGUCAAACAGGUGGUGAGUCGGAUGCAAUACCGACAACAGAAUCGACAUAAUAAAGUGACGGCAAUGCAUAAUCAAAAAGAGAUCAGAUCGCACACACCCAUUGCAAACUCACGACUACGGACUAUCGGCAAGCAGGCCUCUUGCGACGAUCUGCUCGCGCACCGCCACCGCCGCGAGUCACCUCUCCCCGGCUACACGGAAUCGCGGUUUGUUUACUCCUUUUCCGUUGUAAUUGUUUUUGUUGCUUGUUGUUUACUUACGAUUCAGAAAUUGUGUCUAUUGUUAAUUGGUAUGAAUAUGAAACAUAGGAAUUGGGUUGUUUUGGUUCUGGAUUGUGAGAGAUAGAAACAAGAGAGUACGGUUGAAUGUGGGUCUACUUUCAUGUACAACGCUUUCAUCUGUUGCUUUUGUUUCCAAUUACUUGUUUAUAAUUUUUAUUUUAUAUUAUAUGGUGGACAUGUGUCCACAUUUCAUUGGGAAACGGCAUAUAUAUAUAUAUAUAUAUAUAUAUAUUUUUUACUUUGAACAAGUCAGUAACAUUAUAAUAAUUGAUUCUUACAUGAAUCUUAAAGAAAAAAAAGGGAGGAUUAGGAAAAUUAGAACAAGGGACGGACGUCCCAUAUGUUUUUUUUUGUUUUUUUACUCUUUUAUUUCAAAUUAGUAUUAGUUCUUUUUUUUUUUUACAAAUUUUAGUUUUAAUAGAAAUACUAAAAACACUAACAAUACUAACAAUAAAAUACAUCCUUUUUAAAAUAAAACAAAUAAAUUAAUAUAUUGAUAUUAAUUCUUGAUUAAUUUAUCAAUUUUCUCUUCGAUCCGAUUAUAUCUAAUAGUCGCAUUGGUGAGAAAUAAAAUAAUAAAAUACAUAUAUUUUGCUAAAUGGUUGUAACCAUCUUAUUGGUUAUGAUGAUUAGCAUUUCUUAUCAAUUCGUUAUUAUUUGUAAUCGAAUUCAUUGAUUAUGAGGAGUAACGAUAAUUAAAAUACAUUCAUUUGCUAUUCGUGGUAAUCGAAUCUAUCGAUUAUAGUGGUUAGCAAUCCUCCCUUCAAUCCGUUAGCCGUGGUAAUCAAACCUAUUGAUUAUCGUAACUAAUGGUAACAAAUUAAAAUCAGGGUUGUACGCCCAAAUCCUAAAACACUUCCCAAAUCUAAAAACAUUCAAAACACUUCAAAUCAAACUACGGAUUUUCAUCCUUAUUCAAAACUACGAUAGGCCAUUCAAAAAGCCUUCAAACCAUCCCAAAUCAAAUUCUAAUCCUAAGGGCGUACAACCCUUCCCCGAACUACGUUGACUCUGAUUCUCCCUAAGGAGAUACGUAGGCACUUGGCAACAAGGCGAGUCCCCUUCCCUAAAAUCUCAAUUUUCCCCUACUCAAUAUUUUAGCUAUAAACCUCUACCUUAGACUCAAAGCCAAUAGGAAAGGGUUGAGGGUGCCUAACACCUUCCCUCGACCUGAAUAUAGUAUCUUACCCUGAUCUCUAUACUGCGUAGGGUUUCCUAUUCGCCCUUCAGAAUAGGUGGCGACUCUCUAAGUUUAAAUUUUAGGCAGGUUGCUACAAUUAUUAUUAUUAUUAUUAUUAUUAUUAUUAAUUAAUAUGAUGAUUUGCUAUUGGUGGAAAAUUUGGCGGGAACAUUUUGGAGGAAAGAAGUUGUAGGAUUAUUUUUUUAAAGGUGGUUGUGUAUUGACUAAAAAAUAAGAACUAAUAAGUGACUUGUGGGUUUAUUAUUAUUAGAGAUUUUUUUAAAAGAACGUGGCCUGUGGUGUUUUAAAUAUUUAUUUAUUAAUUAUUAAUUAUUAUUAUUAUUUUAAAAAAAUAGAAACUAAUAAGUGGCUUGUGGGUUUAUUAUUAUUAUUAUUAUUAUUAUUAUUAUUAUUAUUAUUAUUAUUAUUAUUAGAGUUUUUUUUUAAGAUGGUUGUGUAUUAACUAAAAAAUAGGAACUAAUAAAUGGCUUGUGAGUUUAUUAUUAUUAGAGUUUUUUUUUAAAAGAACGUGGCCUUAGGUUUUAUUAUUAUUAUUAUUUUUAUGAUUAUUAUUUUUAUGAUUAUUAUUUUUAUGAUUAUUAUUAUUAUUAUCAAUUAAUAUGAUGAUUUGUUAUUGGUGGAAAAUUUGACGGGAAUGUUUUGGAGGAAAGAAGUUGUAGGAUUAUAAUUUGUAUGAUUAUCAAUUAAUAUGAUGAUUUGUUAUUGGUGGAAAAUUUGACAGGAACGUUUUGGAGGGAAGAAGUUGUAGGAUUAUAAUUUGUAUGAUGAUAUGUAAUGUAUUUAUACAUGUUCAAAGAAACUAAUUAUUCUAUUUUUUAGGAACUAAAGAAUAAGAUAAUAUAUUAAGUGCUAUUGUCAUCUAAUACUCCCCCAGAUGGAUGAUGAAUGGAUAGAAGACCCAGGUUGGAAAAGAAAGAAGAUAAGGUUGGAGUAGCAAGUGAUUUUGUAAGAACGUUGACUAUUUGCGUAGAAAAAGGUAUUGGGAAGAGUCCAAUUUUCCCCGGAUGAUGUGACAGUCGAUUUCGAUGUGCUUAGAUCGUUUAUGGAAUGUGGGGUUUUGAGUAAGAUAUAUGGCAGAUCGGUUGUCACAGUAGAUAGAUGUUGAUUUGUUGAAUGUGAUCCACAAAUCUUUGAAGAGGUAGUGCAUCCAUUGAAUUUCACAAGUAAGAGAUGCAAGCGUGCGAUAUUCGAAUUUGGAGCUGGAGCGAGAGACAAUUGUUUUCUCCUUUGAUUUCCAUGAAAUGAGUGAUUUUCCUAGAAAAACAGCGUAUCUAGUAACAAACCUUCGUGCGGUGGGGCAAUUGCCCGAUCACUAUCUGCAAAGCCAGACCAAUUUAAAUCAGAAUCUAAGGGAUAAAAUAGUCCCCGAGCAGAAUUAGUUUUUAAAUGUUGCAGUAUUUUAACUGCUGCCCUGUAAUGAGUGUUAGUGGGUUGGGAAACAAACUGAUUUAAUUGUUGAACAACAUAAGCGAUAUCAAGGAAGGUGGUAGUGAGAUAAAUUAAUUGACCAAUGAGGCGACAAUAUUGUGUGAGGUCAUGGAAUGAGGCAGAAUCAAUGCAAUAUAAUUUUAGUGAAGAAUCAUAUGGUGUGGAGGAUGGUUUAGAUGCCAACAUACUUGUGUUGCUUAGUAAUUCAAGUGUGUAAUUACGUUGAUUAAGUAGUAUACAUGUUGGGGAUCUAGCCACGUCAAGGCCAAGAAAAUAAUUAAUGUAUCAGAUAAUUCAGAAUACCUCAUCAACAAUAUGGGUUGAUUUUGUGGCGACUACCUCAUCAACAAUAGGCAUUUGUAUCGGUCACCUCAUCAAUAAUAGGGGCCACAUCUGUCUUGGCCACCUCCAUUUGGUCAAUAACACCUUGACCCUGCACCACCUCAGCAUGAACAACCUCGGCAACGUGCGCAACUACAUCACCUUUGGACUGCUCGUCUAAUCUAACAACUCGGUGUUAAGUUCUACAUGGUGCGCAAAACUAUUAAGCCAAUUGUUUCUAUUGAGAACCAGUUGGAGCUACCCUCCCAGCCUGUAACUACGAAGAUUCUUCCCUCAACAACCCUAUUUAUCCUUGAUUCGACUUGCAAUAGUGUCUUCCUUACCCCUGGUCUUCACUGCAAAAUUAAAAAAUUAAAAAAAAUCAAUGAACUACAAGCAAUUUCAAAAUUUAUGGUAUUCUGCAUAUUUUGGCGGCAUUUUUAAAAUUUCCAAUACAACUUUUAAAAAUUUAAGCUGCCGGAAUUUCAAAGUUCCCGGUAUAUUUUUUAAAAAUUUAAACUAUCUGGAUUUUCAAAGUUAUCGUAUGAGUAAAUACCUAUGAUUAUAAAAUUCUCGAUAAAAAUUUAUACAUUUAUACCUAGGGGUGUACAUGGGUCGGUUUGGAUUGAAUUUAGCCAAAAAUAUAAUCCAACCCGUACAUGGUACACUGGUUUGGGUGAGGUAAAUAACCACUCACAGUACCGUUUGUUUGGGUAAAACCACAAAUUUGUGGGUUGGAUUGGGUUGGGCAGUGGGUUACCCAAUUUUUUCAUUCAUUAUAUAAUUAUUAAUGAUGUGUCACAUUUUUUAUUAAUAAAUAGUUUAACAUAUUACUGCUAUUUUUUUAAAUAUCAAAUGUCUAAACGUACAGUAAAAUUUAUCAUAAACAUAUUUGUAAAAACAAAAGUUAUAUUACAGUAAAACCUAAAACUGUAUAAAGUACUUACAACUUACUAUAAUUAACAUAAAAAAAAAGAAGCAAAGUGUGGCAUCCUAAAUAAGUUAAAAUAAUUACUUACCAAAUAAAAGAUGUUUAAAAAAUUGAAAUUGAAGCAAUCAAAAUUAAAAACAUUAAAGUCAUCACUUGUCAAAUUACAAAAAAAAGAGCAAAAAUAUAGUCCUCAAUAACCCAUGGAUUUUGUGGGUUGAGUGUAGGUUUACCCAUAACCCAAUUAAUUUGAAUGGGUUUUCAUUUUUGAAAAUUGUAUUCAUCCAAUAACCCAAUCCAAACCACUUUUUGGGUCGGUUUGGGUGGCUUUUAUUGGAUUUAUUAGGUUUACCCAACUCUUAUACACCCCUAUUUAUACCUGCAUUUUCAAAUUCAUGGUACAAAGGCAAACGAUUUAAUCAGAAUUUAAAAAUUUCCGAUAAAAACUCAUGAAAUCCAAAAAAAAAAAUUAUCAUUGAAUUUCGGGCGUUAACCGUAAAAUUUAUGAUAUCUGAUAUCGCUCUAGAACUUUUGAUAAAUGUAGAAAUUUAGAAUAGAUUUUAAAAAAUAGUUUAAAUUCUCAAAUAAACGGGCACUGAAAGCCCAAAAGAGGCCCAGCCCAGCAAACAUAUAGAAAUCCUACUUCUCCAGGUUUCCAUCACAAAGCUACACACACAAUAAGCGUCUUCUCCACAAUUUGGGUUUAUUCUUCAUAAAAAUCAUUAUCUGAACACAAAGCUUCUCACUUUAAGCUUCCCGAAUUUGUCUUCGCUAAGAAACAAUGAAUACUGUUAAAAAACUCAAGAGUGAGUCAACUGAGUUGCCUGAUUGUGUUAUAUCUUAUAUCUUUUCCAAGUUAAGUUUGAAGAAUUUGGUGAAAACUAGUGCUUUGUCCAAACAUUGGUAUCACGAAUGGGGAUUAAGGAAGGACCUCACUUUUGAUCUCCUUAACAUGUUUGAUUAUAAUACGGUUCCAGAGUUACCAAUAACCCUUCCACUCUUUCAAAAACUUCAAUGUCAAUUUGCCACAAGAUUAGAUUAUUUCAUGCAGAAGUAUCCUGGUGAUAUGAUCCGUCUAAUCCGAGUAAAUUUUCCAUUAGGUGUUGAUCAUACUUAUGCCAUUGAUAGAUUAAUUCACAAAGGACUUGUUAAGGGUGCUAAUCGUAUUGAGCUCCUCUUCGCAAAUGAAACUGAUUUUAAAAUAAGGCAAUACAAUUUUUUGUUUCCUUUCUUGUUUGGCCCUAAUUCUCUCACAUAUCUACACCUACAGAACUGCCGUAUAACACCAACUAUGGACUUUUCUGGAUUGAAGAAUUUGAAAACGCUUGUGUUGCAUCUCGUUCCUGUGGAGCAGAAUAUGCUUUGGCAUCUGUGUUUUAACUGCAUCCAUCUUGAGAACUUCACUCUGAAUGAGUGUAAGUUCAUAUCUGACAUAAGAAUUACUAGUUCAACAUUGCUUCAUCUGAAAAUUAACUGUGGACGUAUCAUUAUAGAGAGGAAUAUUGAUAUCAUUGCAUCAAAACUCUUAUCCUUUGAAUAUUCUUCGGACUGUUUGUAUCACCGUGCAUUACGCAUAGUGAACAUUAAGGCUCAUAUGUUAUCCAAGUUUAGCUAUAGAUGUGUUAACAUUUUUAAUCUAGUCGAUUUUUCUGGACUGAAAAAUGUGACAACAAUUGUGUUUGAUGGAAUCCGUGAAUGUCUCCAAAGUGAAGUCAUAACUCAUUUGUUUUCUAACUGUCUCCAACUUGAAGAUGUCACCUUUAAGGAGUGUCAGAUCAAGUGUGAUAUGAAAAUUAUCGGUGCAAAGUUGCGUCAUUUGCGAAUAAUUGAUUGUCCUUGUACGAAUCUUUGUUCUUAUAGGAUAGAUAUUGAUGCAUUGAACCUCACAUCCUUUGAAUAUAUGGGUUGCACUUUCAUGACGCCCAUAAUCUCUGUCAGGGCUCCAAAGUUAUUGAAGGUUUUUUGGGAUACAAGUUAUAGAAUUGAAAAUGUAUAUAACUUUGAUACAAUUGCAACAAAAUUACAUCUGCUUGAGGAUUUAACUAUGAAUAUGCAUCGUUCACAUAUAUCCGAGUUAAGUAAGGAUUUGGUUCGAUUUCAAAAUCUUAGACAAUUGAAAUUGUUUAUUGUGGGAGCAUAUAAUCCUGAUAUGGACUACUUUUGGAUUUUAGAUAUUGCAAUGGCUUCUCCGCAUCUCAAAAAACUUUCUCUAACGAUUAAAAAUGGUCAUAGGGAAAUAUCACAUAUGGUUGGAUCUCAAAGGCAAAAAAGAGAGUAUGUCAGGUUUUUUCACAAUGGUUUAAAAUAUGUGGAGUUACAUGGAUGUGUUUGCUCCAUAAAUGUAAUUGAGUUAGCAAGUCAUCUAUUGAGGAGUGCGACUUUGCUUAAGCAAAUUACUUUCAGUUCUCGUCACAAUUACUAUAUAGGUGCUGGAAGAUGGACUAUGAAUUCCGAUGGUUGUUGUUGGUUUGAACGAAAUUUUAUUCAUGAGCAUCUAAAAGAGGAAGUAAAUGAACAAUGUCAGCUCAUAAUUUUGUAGUGAUGUGUUAUUUAUUUAUUUAUAAUGAAUUAUGUCCUGUGUUCUUCGUCUGAGUUCAUUCGCUAAGCUUUAUUUUUUUUCCGGCUAGAUAUUGAUUUAUAGCACUUAACAUAUCCGAUCUUGAAAAACACGCAAGUAAAUAAUGUUUCUAAUCCAACCAAACAAAUAUAACAAAAUUCUAUACACACAAUUUA